AACAAAACGUGUUGAACGUUGAGUUUCAGUAACAUUAUUCUGUUGUCACAUACACAAAAGUAUUCCUGGAAAAGAUCUUGCAUAAUAAUUGUGUGAUCAUUGGUUUAUGAAAACGAUAAAGUAAUGACUCAUUUGUGUUAAUAUUAAAUGUGAAGUCCAGGGUCAGUUAAGAUGGGCCUCCGUGUAGAAAAAGGAGACGACAAUGUGCCAUUUGUGCAAUUGGGAGAAUGCCAGUUGAGGCUUGAUUUAGAAGAUUUAGACGAAACGUACAAAGAACGUGCCAAAAAUGAGCUUCGGGAAACCCCGGAAGUUGUCGAAAAUGCUUUACGGGAAUUCAGAGAAUUUAUUCAAAAGGAGCCUGGUUUACAUUUACCCCUCGACGACGUCAACUUUUUGCUAAAGUUCUUAAGACCUUUUAAAUUUUAUCCCGACAGUGCAUUUCGCGUCUUGAAAAAGUUUUAUAAGUUCAAACUGAAACAUCCGAAAUAUGGCGUAGACGUGACGCCUAACAGCGUAAGACAUGUUUUUGAUAAUGAAGUGUUUGUUUUCCUACCAACUAGAACUCCGACGGGAUCAAGGAUAAUGAUUAUUAACGCAGGAACUAAGUGGAAUCCAAAGGACGUAGCUGUGGCAGACAUGUUCAGAGCUAUUAUGGUGGCCAUAGAGAUUGCAAUGUUGGAGCCAAAGACACAAGUAGCUGGUGUUCACGUUAUUUUAAACAUGGAAGGAUUUUCCCUAAACCACGUGUAUCAGUUCUCGCCAACUGUCGCAAAGCUUAUGGUGGAUUGGGUGCAGGAUUGUGCCCCAGUCAGACUGAAGGGAAUUCACAUUAUAAAUCAGUCGAUAUUCUUCAACAUGGUCUAUGCCAUUUUUAAACCUUUUAUUGGAGAAAAACUUAAAAAAAGAUUAUUUUUCCACGGUUCUAAUAAGGAAAUACUUUGUAAACAUAUGUCGGCCGAUGCCUUGCCCACACAUUUCGGAGGUAGCGGAAAGGUACCAGAAUACCCAGGACGAUUGCUUUCAGAAAUGCUGUUUUUUUACGAAGAACUUUUUGAAAAAUUCAACAGCUACCGGUAUAUUAAAGAAACCUAAUGAGUUGGUUUACAUCUGCGUAUUUUUCAAAUUGUAAAAUUAAAUAUUUUUUAAAUAAAAUAAUUACGAAAA